AAUGAGCCGGGGCCACAGUGGGGAAGACACACACAGAGAGAGAGGAGAGGCAGACAUAUAGAGGCAAUAUUCACAGAGAGUGUGUGCAGUAGCCAGUAAUUACCUUCCAGCUUCUGAACCAAUCAAGAGCCACACAGAUAGAGAGAGAGAGAGAGAGAGAGAGAGAGAGAGAGAGAUACAGAGGGAGGAAGUCCAUUUAGAUUCUCAGUCUAUUCCCAGGCAGAGAGGUAGACAGAGAGCUUAUUGAAUCAGUCAGAGAGAAGGAGCGGAAGUGUUUUCUUUGGAGCGGCUCAGCUCAUCCUUUCUCAUAUUUGCCGAGUGGUGCUGGGUGAAAACAGAUGGACAAGAUGAACCACAGCUCAGCUGAGGCAGAGGCUGAAACCAUAGAACCACUGCGUUACCUCAGUAAAGGGGAGGCGGCAGCUAUCGAGACAGAGCUUGUGAGGGACUACAAGUUUGGACAACAGCAGCUGGUAGAGAUCUGGGGACAAGCAUGCGCCAUCGCCAUCACUAAGGCCUACCCGCUCAGCUCUCUAGCAAAGAAGCAGCCAACAGUGCUGGUGAUCUGUGGUCCAGAUCAAAACGGCUCCAUUGGUCUGGUGUGUGCCCGACACCUGCGCAUAUAUGAAUAUGAGCCCACCAUCUACCACCCUAAACGCUCCUCUCAGAGUCUACACCAGGAUUUCACGGUUCAGUGUGAGAAGAUGGACAUCCCUUUCCUCUCCUAUCUCCCCACAGAGGUGCAGCUCAUAAAUGAUGCCUACAACCUAGUGAUUGAUGCCAUGCUGGGCCCAGAUGCAGACUGCGCCAACAUUAAGGAGCCCUACCCUGGUAUUCUGGUCACCCUGAAGCAAGUCAAGAUCCCCAUUGCCAGUGUGGAUGUGCCCUCAGGUUGGGACGUAGAGGAACCGAGUCAGGACGGCAUUAACCCAGAAGUUCUCAUCUCUCUCACAGCACCAAAGAAGUGCGCCAUGAGUUUCUCGGGGAAGCAUUUCUUGGCCGGACGCUUCCUGCCCUACGACAUCCAGAAAAAAUAUGAUCUAAACCUCCCAGAGUACCCUGGCACAGACUGUCUCAUCGAAUUGUAACACAUGGGAAACAUAAGCGCCAGUGUGGCCGCUCCUCAUUUUCAGAAACGUACGGUUGAUCUCUUCUCUUGUUUUGUAUUUUAUAGAUUGGUAAUGUGAUUCAAUGUUAACAGCUCAGUUGUGUAGAUCAGGCUACACCUUAGCCGAACGUGCUGUCGAGCUACAGUAGGAGGAUUAUAUUUAGAAGCUGUGGUUUCAGUCAAGUCUUUUUAGGGAACGGCAUGAGAUUUUUUGUGUCAGUCUACUUGUAAAAGCUGUAGCAUUACACUGUUUUCUGAUUACUUUGAAAAAGACAGAUAUUUCUUUUACCACAGUCAGCAAAGAAAGAUACAUUUUCUAUGACGCCAACCACUGGAAUGUUUUGUUUUCUCAUUUAACACUUUUUUAAUGUUCUGAUGCUCUUGUGUUGAACUUUCUACUGCUGAGAUGAGAUGUUGUGUAGGUUGGCCAUUUAGAACUUUAUGUUUAUGUGUUUUUGGUUUGUUUGGUCAACCUGCACUUCUGCAUUACUUUUUGUUUCAGUUACUUCAUUAGCUGUUACAAAAGGCCCAGACAGUUCUUGUUGUCCAAUAAAAUUAAAUAAAAAUCCUUUUGAAGGA